GAAAAGUUUACCUGAAAAAUUCCAUAUAUAACUAAAUAAAAGUAUUAGAAACAGUUACACCUCAACAGCAGUGUAGAAGUAGAACGAUGCAAGAUUCGUUUGAUCAGAAGAAACAGGCCAUUCUUAAAGAUUUGGCAUUGAAUAGUGAAGAUUCACCAGAUGCAUCUCCUAAGGGUACAGUAGAUGUCAAAUGUUUACCAAUAAUCCAUCUCAUUAAUUCCAACGACCAUAUGGUCACUACAUCAUCAUGUUCGGGUAGAGUAUCUGUCUUUUUAGAGGGUGUUAAAGAAGUACAACAAGGUGAUACCAAGAUAGGGGCAAAGGGGAACCAAGGAAGAUGGCUCUUUGUUACGCAUGAUCCCGAUGACCUUGAUGAUUGGCAUCACAAUAUAGAAUUCCAUACUAGUGAAGAACAAAUCCCAACUGAUAUUAAUACGAGAUAUAUCCUAUAUAAAUUCGAACCACUUAUACUUCAUGUCAAGUGUCGAGAUCAAGAUACUGCUAAGUUAUUAUAUACUACAGCUAUGAAUUGUGGAUUCCGAGAAUCAGGUAUAGGAAGUAAUAAUAUCGUUGCUAUUAGAAUAUCCAUAAAGUUGGAUGUACCAAUUGGAUAUUUAAAUGUGCGAGAUGAGUCAGUCCUUUUAGUUACCAAACAGUACUUAGAUGUACUCACCAGACUCUCUCACGACCGAUUCAGAGAAAACUUUAAGAAAAUGGACCAAUUACAUGCAUCAAUAGAGACUAGUCUCUUUAGCUCGCGGCCAUCGAAGCCCGCUGAGGAAACUAAGGAACAAAGAAGAGAGCGAAAGAUUAGAGAGGGAUUAGAGAGGAAGGCAGCCUUACAGAAAGCUGAAAAGGAGAAAGUACAAGAGCAAGAGAAAGCAGAUACACAAAUAGACAAUGUAUAAUAUAUAGUCAUCGUAAUAGUCAGUAUGUAUAUAGUCACUAUUAAUUAUAGUAUGAGUAUGUAGUCACACUACGUAGUCAUAAUAAAAUUGCAUCCAGUG